UAUUGCCCACGUGGAAACUUUCGACCUUUAGCCGCCAAACAACAUGAAAACAUCUAAUCUUUCCACCAAAAACCCACACCACACAGUAUAUUUUCUUCAUCUAUCUUCAUCCUUUAAUACCCAAAAUACCACUUGCUUGAAAUGUUGUACUCCUCACAGCUUUCCCCUCUAGUUUUGUUUGGAGGCCUAGUUUUGGGAAUCCACCUACUCAAAGUUGGAUAAUACAGUUAUUAAGGACAUGAUUUUGAGCUUAUAUUGCUUCUCAUUCAAACAUUUGAAUAAAUAAAUAACAAAACAGUACAGCAAAUUGCUUAUUCUGUUGGCUCCACCACAAUCUUGUAAAUGAUAAACACCCUGUUUAACAGGCUCUGGUUAUCUAUGAUUUGAUGGAGAUGCAGGCAUGAUCUUAGUAAAACUCCUUCAUUUGCUGCCAUGGUGGAUCUUGAUCAGGAGGACACUGCACCCACCACUCUUAACAUGUCUGCUAAAAAGAAGGAGCUUAUGUCCACAGCCAUGAAGAGAACCAGCGAGUGGAUUUUCUCUCAGGAGAUACCCAGUGAUGUCACGGUUCAAGUUGCUGGAGUUUCAUUUUCACUUCACAAGUUUCCAUUAGUCUCUAAGUGUGGAUACAUAAGGAAAGUGGUAUCAGAAUCCAAUGAUGCUGAUGUUUCAGUCAUAGUAAUUCCUGAUGUUCCGGGCGGAGCGGAAUCCUUCGAACUUGCGGCUAAAUUCUGUUACGGGAUAAAUUUUGAGAUAAACACCGAGAAUAUUGCGGCACUACGUUGCGUGGCCGAGUACCUUGAGAUGACCGAGGACUAUGCGGUCGGAAGCCUUGUGGAAAGAACUGAAGCCUUCUUGAAUGAAGUGGCACUUCAGAGCCUAGCAGGAGCAAUUUCUGUGUUACAUGCUUCCGAGAACCUACUCCCCAUUGCAGAGGAAGUUAAACUGGUUGGCCGGUGCAUCGAUGCCAUAGCAUAUUUAGCUUGCAAAGAGAGUGGCAAUGAUAUUGCAAUGUCUUCAACAAUCUCUAACUCGAAAACGGUGGUUGAUUGGUGGGCUGAGGAUUUGGCUGUUCUUCGAAUUGACAUAUUCCAACGGGUUCUGAUUGCAAUGAUAGCGAGGGGAUUUAAACCAUAUGCUCUUGGUCCUGUGCUUAUGCUCUAUGCUCAGAAAGCUCUUAGAGGUUUGGAAAUAUUUGGAAAGGGGAGGAAGAAAAUCGAGCCACGACAAGAACACGAGAAGAGGGUCGUCUUGGAAACCAUAGUGAGCCUUCUGCCAAAGGAGAAAAAUGCAAUGUCUGUAAGCUUCCUAACCGUGCUGCUUCGAGCAGCAAUUUAUCUCGAAACAACCAUUGCUUGUCGACUCGAUUUAGAAAAAAGGAUGGCCUUGCAAUUAGGACAGGCUGUUUUGGAUGAUCUCUUGAUUCCUGCCUAUUCUUUUACUGGGGAUACAUUGUUUGAUGUGGACACAGUACAGCGGAUCAUGAUGAAUUACCUUGAAUAUGAAACUGAUGGUUCUCAUUUUGGCUACAAAGAAGAAGAUGGCUAUAUUUCUCCCCCACUAAGUGACAUGGAAAGGGUGGGAAAGCUAAUGGAGAGCUACCUAGCCGAAAUAGCAUCUGAUCGUAAUCUCCCCGUCUCGAAAUUCAUCGGUCUCACUGAACUCAUUCCCGAACAAUCGAGGAUAACAGAGGAUGGGAUGUACAGAGCCAUAGAUAUCUACCUCAAGGCUCACCCCACUAUAACUGACUUGGAGAGGAAGAAAGUUUGCAGCCUAAUGGAUUGCCAGAAACUCUCUCGGGAGGCCUGCGCUCACGCUGCGCAAAACGACCGUCUUCCUGUCCAGACCGUGGUUCAAGUUCUUUACUACGAACAACAACGCCUUCGAGACGUCAUGAACGGAAGCAUGUCAAGUGGAACUUCCCCUUCCAUAUCUUCCAGAGUGAAUUUAUACCCUCCAACAGAUAUCCACCCAGUUUCGGAUGAACUUUCGAGCUUGAAACGAGAGAACGAGGACUUGAAACUAGAGCUAGUAAAAAUGAAAAUGAGAUUGAAAGAAAUAGAAAGACCAUCAUCCGCUGUUCCGUCAGCAGCAAGCAGUCCUAUGGGAAUUAUUGUGCCAUCAUCUGAUAAGCCUCCUUUGCCAAGAAAAUCAUUCAUGAAUUCAGUUUCUAAGAAACUUGGACGCCUUUAUCCUUUCGGAGUUCCGCCUUCCGGUGCCAAAGCUCGAACAAGACCUAGCAAAGAUAGGAGGCACUCCAUUUCUUGACACAUUGUUUGGUUUGCCACUAUCUGUACUUUUCCAAAGUGUUCCUAUGUCUGGUGUUUUCCCUCUCUUUUUUUUUUGUUCUUUUUUCUUUUGGGGUGCUAUCUAUCAUAUUCAUGUUUGAUAAAUACAUUAUUAAAAGCAUGGUGGUAUGAAUCUCAGCAUUUGGCUGUUUUUAGUUUCACCAAAA